CUCUUCAAUUAUUGUGUAUCUUUCGAACAUGUUUCCUUCAAUCCAAUAACCUCUCAAAAUCCGUGCAUAUAUUCCCUUCCUCAUCAGCCCCAGAGACCCACUCUUAUGCCAACCUUCUCUUCAUGGCCAGUCAUUAUCCCAAUCCUCAUAAUUCCAUUAAUUGCAGUAGCGACAGCACCAUUACUGAAUAUGAUGACGACGAUGACGAAGAAGAAGAAGAACCAGAAGUAGAAGAUGAAUUAGAGAACGACGACGAGAGCUUUCCCAGCCAGAAAACCACCGCGUGCGGUGGCCGCAGCCGGAGGUGGUGGCUGGGGGGAGUUUUGGACCCGGGCGCCGCCUGGGUUCAGGAAUGGAACCGGGUGUUCCUGCUGGUGUCAGCCACCGGCCUCUUCGUGGACCCGCUCUUCUUCUACGCCCUCUCCAUCAGCGACAACUGCAUGUGCCUCUUCGUCGACGGCUGGUUCGCAGUCACCGUCACCGUCCUCCGCUGCAUGACCGACGUCUUGCACGUCUGCAACAUGUGGCUCCAGCUCAAGAUGACCAAGCGCUCUUACUCCGCCGUGGGCGCCGACGGCGGGAGGAGCCGGCUCGCCGACAAGAACCCUCGAACAGUGGCGCUCAGAUAUUUGAGGUCCAAGAAGGGGUUCUUCUUUGAUCUCUUCGUCAUCCUCCCACUGCCACAGGUGGUUCUGUGGGUGGCAAUUCCAGCAUUGUUGGAGAAGGGGUCGACGACAGCGGUGAUGACACUGUUCUUGAUAAUGUUUCUCUUCCAAUAUUUGCCAAAGAUUUACCAUUCAGUGUGCCUCUUGCGUCGCAUGCAAAACCUGUCGGGUUAUAUCUUUGGCACUGUUUGGUGGGGUAUUGCUCUCAACAUGAUCGCGUAUUUCGUCGCUUCCCAUGCAGUGGGAGCGUGUUGGUACCUACUAGGCGUGCAGAGGGCAGCAAAAUGCCUCAAGGAGCAAUGCAUGCAAACGAAGGGAUGCAACCCUAAACUACUGGCCUGUGAAGACCCCAUUUAUUACGGCAGUGCAAGCUUCGUGCGCGAUGGAGCCAGGCUCCUCUGGGGAGACAAUCGGCAAGCUCGAUCGGCCUGCCUUGAUCAGAACGAAGAUAACUUUCAUUACGGAGCUUAUAAAUGGACCAUUCAGCUCAUCACCAACGACAGCCGUCUCGAGAAGAUACUCUUUCCCAUCUUCUGGGGUCUCAUGACUCUUAGUACAUUUGGGAACUUGGAGAGCACAACAGAUUGGUUGGAGGUUGUCUUCAUUAUCAUAGUUCUAACCAGUGGUCUCCUGUUGGUCACCAUGUUGAUUGGAAAUAUCAAGGUGUUCUUGCAUGCAACGACCUCAAAAAAACAGGCAAUGCAGCUGAAGAUGAGGAACAUAGAGUGGUGGAUGAGAAGGAGACAGCUGCCGCCGGAAUUCCGGCAGAGAGUCCGAAACUACGAGCGGCAGCGGUGGGCGGCGAUGCGCGGCGUUGAUGAGUGUGAGAUGAUCCGCAACCUCCCCGAGGGCCUCCGCCGGGACAUCAAGUACCAUCUCUGCCUCGACUUGGUUAGACAGGUCCCAUUAUUUCAACACAUGGACGACCUUGUCCUCGAGAAUAUCUGCGAUCGCGUUAAGUCCCUCAUUUUCACCAAGGCUGAAACUAUAACCAGAGAAGGGGACCCAGUUCAGAGAAUGUUGUUCAUAGUGAGAGGCCAUCUCCAAAGCAGCCAAGUGCUCCGAGACGGAGUGAAAAGCUGCUGCAUGCUCGGCCCCGGAAACUUCAGCGGCGACGAGCUCUUGUCGUGGUGCCUCCGGCGACCCUUUGUCGAGCGCCUGCCGCCGUCUUCGUCCACGCUCGUCACCCUCGAAACCACCGAAGCGUUCGGCCUAGAAGCCGAUGACGUCAAGUACGUGACGCAGCAUUUCCGUUACACAUUCGUGAACGACAAAGUGAAGAGAAGCGCCAGAUACUACUCGCCCGGCUGGCGAACUUGGGCCGCCGUCGCGAUUCAGCUGGCUUGGCGGCGGUACAAGCACCGGUUAACGCUCACAUCGUUGUCGUUCAUCCGGCCCCGCCGACCAUUGUCCCGGUGUUCUUCGCUUGGCGAGGAUAGGCUCAGGCUGUACACUGCUUUGUUAACUUCUCCAAAGCCAAACCAAGAUGAUUUUGACUUCUAAAAUUGACUGUAGAACCCUAUAUCUUUAGAUCCAAUUAGUUGGUUCAUUUGCACGGAGCCAGGGGCAGACUGCAAUUUAAUCCGUGAAAAAAUUGGAAUAAUCUCUGUUGUUGAGGCUUGUUGGAAUUGCAAAAAUCAGCUCCAGCAUUUUGCAAAUAGCACAACGAGAAAAUAAUUAUUUUAUUCUUCAUGCUAUAUGUGAUAAUUGUAUGUGAUAAAAAACUUAAAUUCAUAUGAGAUUAGAACUCUUAAUUUGAUCACGAUUAAUAUUUUAAA